GCAGGAGUAGCCGGAGCAGGGAAUUGUUUGGGAGUUCAGUCAUCCAAAAGCAGUCUCCCGUAUGGAGGGUCUGGCUUUCCGCAUCCCGGCGCCUCUUCCCUCCUCCUCCUCCUCCUCCUUCUUCUCCUCCUCCUCCUCCUCCUCCUCCCGCCGCGCCUGAGCUCAGCGCGGCCCCCAUCCCCAGCGCCAACCCGCAGAAAAAGCACAACCACCACCCUCAAACCAAGGGCCCCCUCACUUUCCCCUUCCCCGCAAAACAGGCUUUCCCCCCUCUUUUUAUCUCUCUCUCUCUUUUUUUUUUCUUUUUUCUUUUUUUUUUUUUUUUCUCCUCUGUGUGUGUGUGCGUGUGUGUGUGUGUGUAGUGAAUUCCCCGCAGAUCCGGCCUGGAAGUUCCCAGCUCCUGGAGUUAAGCCUCUUUGUUGCCUCCCUUCGUUUGGGGCAUCUUUGUGUUUCCCCCCGCCUGCUCCACUGGAGACCGCGGGGGUCUGGGACUGUGCUUCUCUUGCUCUGGAGGCAUUGCUUUGCAGUGCACAAGCCAAGAAUAAGCUCUAACAGAUGCUGCUCAGGCCAAGUCCAUGGCUUGUAUUCUGCCCACAUGCAAGAGGAGAUGUUCAGCACACAGUCCCCUUUCAGUUUUGCCUCAGACCUCACAGUGAGAAGAGAGAACAGGAUUGGAGCUGAGGAUUCUAGUGUGGCCCUGUUCCCUGCGUGCAUGCUGCCUCCCAAAGAGGAAUCCACUGCACACAAAUCCACUGCAUCAUCUGAGGCAGCUUAUGGGACCCUUCCCCGGGCGCCCCAGGUCACACCACAUGGGAUGGCAAUGACACGUGGACGGAAGAGGCCCAUGUCCCCCAUCCCUUGCCUCGUGCUUGCAGCCGCCAGCUGUUUUGCCAAAUUGAGUGAAUCUCUGCAGGUCACAGUGCAGCCUGCUUCUAUUGUUCAAAAACUUGGAGGCCCAGUCAGCCUAGGGUGUGUGGUGGACCCCCCCCGAGUGAACCUCACCUGGAGACUGAACGGGAAGGAGCUGGCUAGAUCAGACGAGGUGCUGGGUAUCCACGUGGAGCGAGGGAAGCUCAUCAUCACGGCUCUCAAUAACCGCACCGUGGGGCGCUACCAGUGCAUCGCUCGUGUGCCUGAAGGAGUCAUUGCCAGUGUCCCUGCAGUCGUCACCUUAGCUAAUCUCAAAGAUUUCAAGUUCGACGGCCAGCAUGUGAUCGAGGUGGAUGAAGGGAACACAGCUGUGAUUGCCUGCGACCUGCCUGAAAGUCACCCCAAGGCUCAGGUCCGCUACAGUGUGAAGCAGGAGUGGCUGGAGGCCUCCAGAGACAAUUAUCUUAUCAUGCCAUCUGGAAACCUUCAGAUAGUUAAUGCCAGCCAGGAGGAUGAGGGGACUUAUAAAUGUGCUGCCUACAACCCUGUGACACAGGAGGUGAAAACUUCAGUCUCCAGUGAGAGGCUCCGUGUGAGACGCUCCACUGCAGAAGCAGCCCGGAUAAUUUACCCUCCUGAGGCUCAGACCAUCAUUGUCACCAAGGGCCAGAGCCUUAUUCUGGAGUGCGUGGCCAGCGGGAUCCCCCCGCCACGUGUCACCUGGGCCAAGGAUGGCUUUGGCGUCUCUGCAUACAACAAGACGCGCUUCUUGCUCAGCAACCUCCUGAUUGACCCCACGAGCGAGGAGGACUCGGGCACCUACAGCUGCAUGGCUGACAAUGGCGUUGGGGAGGCCGGGGCCGCGUUCAUCUUCUACAAUGUGCAGGUGUUUGAACCCCCGGAGGUCACCAUGGAGCUCUCCCAGCAGAUCAUUCCUUGGGGCCAGAGUGCCAAGUUCACGUGUAAGGUGCGAGGAAACCCGCAGCCCUCAGUGAUGUGGCUGCGCAACGCAGUGCCGCUGUCGGGCAGCCACCGGCUGCGGCUGUCGCGCCGGGCGCUGCGGCUGCUCAGCGUGGGGCCUGAGGACGAGGGCAUCUACCAGUGCAUGGCCGAGAACGAGGUGGGCAGCGCCCAGGCCAUGGUGCAGCUGAGGACAGCCAGCCCAGGAGCUCCACUCAACCCUGGGCAAGAUGCCCAGCUGGACUUGGCUCAACCUCCAACACCACCUUCCAGGGACAGUGCCUUAAAGCUGCCCUUGGAUAAAGCUGGACUGCCAAAGCCUGGGACAACCCCUCUAGCAGCAUCUCCACAGUGUGCAGCCAACAAGGAGCUCGUGACUCCAGCUGAAGCCCCCAUCAUCCUCAGUUCUCCACGGACAUCCAAGACAGACAGCUACGACCUCGUGUGGAGACCCCGGCCUGACAGCAGAGCCCCCAUUCUCUAUUACGUGGUGAAGCAUCGCAAGCAGGUCACCAAUGCCUCAGACAGCUGGGCCGUGAGGGAUGUCCCAGCCUCGCAGCACCGCCUGACCCUCACCAGGCUGGACCCUGGGAGCCUCUACGAGGUGGAGAUGGCUGCUCACAACUGUGCCGGCGAGGGACAGACGGCCAUGGUGACCUUCCGCACCGGCCGGCGCCCAAAACCAGAGAUUGUUGCCAGCAAAGAGCAGCAGAUCCAGAAGGAUGACCCAGGCACGAGCACCCAGAGCAGUAACCAGGCCGACAACAGCCGUCUGUCCCCUCCAGAGGCACCGGACCGUCCAACCAUCUCCAUGGCCUCAGAGACAUCUGUGUAUGUGACCUGGAUCCCCCGUGGGAAUGGUGGGUUCCCCAUCCAGUCUUUCCGCGUGGAGUAUAAGAAAUUGAAGAAGUUGGGAGACUGGGUCCUGGCCACCAGCGACAUUCCUCCCUCUCGCCUCUCUGUGGAAAUCCCAGGCCUGGAGAAAGGCACAUCCUAUAAAUUCCGUGUGCGGGCGCUGAACAUCCUGGGAGAGAGCGAGCCCAGCGCGGCGUCUCGACCAUACGUGGUGUCUGGGUACAGCAACCGCGUCUACGAGCGCCCUGUGGCUGGGCCCUACAUCACCUUCACGGAUGCCAUCAACGAGACCACCAUCAUGCUCAAGUGGAUGUACAUUCCAGCCAGCAACAACAACACUCCCAUCCAUGGAUUUUACAUCUACUACCGCCCCACUGACAGUGACAAUGACAGUGACUACAAGAAGGAUGUGGUGGAAGGAGAUCGGUACUGGCACUCCAUCAGCCACUUGCAGCCAGAGACCUCUUAUGACAUUAAGAUGCAGUGCUUCAAUGAGGGGGGUGAAAGCGAGUUCAGCAAUGUGAUGAUCUGUGAAACUAAAGCUCGGAGGUCUCUUGGUCUGCCAGGUCGUCUUCCACCCUCCACAGUGCCCCCUCAGCAGCGUCCCCCACUCAGUGGUGGGCACAGCGGCCUGGGGACAGGAGCCAUGGUGGCCCGUUCCAGUGACUUGCCGUACUUGAUUGUAGGCGUUGUGCUGGGAUCCAUCGUCCUCCUCAUUGUGGCUUUCAUCCCCUUUUGCCUUUGGAGAGCUUGGUCCAAGCAGAAGCAAACCAUUGACAUGAGCUUCCCAGGAGCUGGGCUGCUGGUGUCAUCCUGCCAGUACACCAUGGUGCCUCUGAGAGGCAUCUCUGCUCCUCGUGCCAAUGGACAUCCCUUUGUUAAUGGGCAGCCCUAUGCCAGCAGGGCACAUCUGAAUGGCAUCUGCACCCCUGCAGGAGUGGGGUAUGCAAGCACCAAGCCCCGAGAUUACAGCCCUGAUGAAAUGCCACAGUCACAGGAGGAGACCAACACCUUGCUGCAGGCAAGAGUGCUGCAGAAUGGGAGUGCCCAGCAAGACUACCAGUCCUCCAGAUUGCCCAGCUCCAGAACAGAAGACAGCUCUUUCCUCUACAGUCUCCCAGAUGACUCCACUCACCAGCUUCUUCAGCCACAAGAUGACUGUCCUCACCUGCAAGAGCACUUUGCUGGUCUCCAUCAUCCAGUGAUAGGAAGCAAAGUGGGAGGCCCUAGCCUGGAUGCUCGACGGGAUACCCUCUUCCACCAAGGAAGCCCUUGCUGCUUAGGCCUAGUGCCAGUUGAAGAGGUAGAAAGACUAGACUGCUGCCAGUCCAGAGGAGAUCUCCAUGCUCAGAAUCUGGUGAUCACAUCUUUGGGUCAGGACCUACCAAGACAUCUGAACAGCAGUCCUCCACCACUGAGACCCUUAGAGACUCAUUCUCCCACCAGCUAGGGACCAAACUGCCUUUUACAAAAGACUUAUUCUAAAGAGAAAAAAAGAAAGGGUAUUUAUUUUUAUAUAACACCCCUAUUUAUAUAUUUAUGCACUUGUAUAUAGAUGUAUAUGUGUCUUUUAUAAUGCUAUGGAGACAGAAGGCAUCCUCAACAAGGUCACAGGAGGACCCAGGAAACAAGGCAGCAGCUCUCGGUGGCACCAUCAGAGCACACGAUGGAAACAGCUGGACAAGGGACACUGCAGGACAUGGGUCUAAACCAAGCUGCCAGCACCCUCUUGCAGCGAGGGUUUCACAACAAAUAAUGCUGCCCAAAAGGUCUUUUCCUUUCCCUCACAGGGAGGUUUGUUCCAGGAACGCGCUCCUGUGAAUGGACUGGAGUUAUGCACUCUGCCUAAUCAACUUAAACAACCUUUCACAUACACGCCAUCUGCAGCUGCCUAUCUGUGAAGACAAAUCCACGCUUUAACAUCUAAAAUAAAGGCUUUAGUCUUUGC